CAGAGCGUGAUUGAAUACGAGUUGUGCCUUUUUAAUGCCGGUUGUGUUGCAAUUAAUUACUGUCCCCAAGUCUGCUUGCGAGCCAUGGCAGGUUCUGACCUUUUCAAAACUCUUAUUUACACAGUUAACAACUUGCUACAGCAACAGAAGUAUAAGACGGCUCUUGCGGUGGUUAAAGGAUUUAGGAAUGGAGCUGUAUAUGGAGCGAAGAUCCGAGCGCCUCACGCCCUAGUGAUGACGUUUCUAUUUAGAAGUGGAAGCCUGAGGGACAAACUGAAAGCCAUCACCCAGGCGACGUACACCCACUCGCGGAACCUGGCCUGCUUCGUCUUCACCUACAAGGGGCUGCAGGCCAUACAGCAGCGCCUGCAGGGGAAGAGUCAGCACUACCACUCCUUCCUGGCCGCCUGCCUGGGGGGCUGGCUGGUCUUUGGAGACAAUAACCACAUCAACAGCCAGAUAAACAUGUACCUUUUGUCCCGGAUCCUGUUUGCUCUGUCUCGCUUGGCUGUAGAGAAGGGCUACAUCCCCCAGCCGAAGAGAGAUCCUUUCCCUCUGUUCGCAACCCUGGUGUGGGGCAUCGUGCUGUGGCUCUUCGAGUACUACCCCCAUACUCUCCAGCCUUCACUCCAGUCCUCAAUGAACUACCUCUACCACGACAGCAACACCUGGCAUGACAUCUCUGACUUCCUCCUGUACAACAAGCCCCGGGCUGGGGCUCAGAACUAACCUUCCAGCAGCUUGGACCCUUAUCUGGGACGGGCUUGUCGGGUUCUCUUGCAGGCAGUUCAGAUCAGUUAAGAUGAAAGUUCAGGAAAAUCCAGCCUUUUUAGAAGAAUGUUCGUACUACUGUUUCCCCUUUGGUCUUGGGCUUGUUUUGCAUAGCUGAAAGUCUAUUUACUAAAUGUGUAUUGUGAGUGGGUUAGCAAGACCUUUAUGACCCAGCUGUACAUUUCAGAGGAGUCUGGAAAAAUGGAUGUCAAUUUGGUCUUCCAUCAUUAAACCCCAUCUCUUUAGAAUUAUUUAAUAUCAUUAGAAUUGGAAUUUUCUUGGGGUGGGGGGAGGUGGUUUGGACCUCACCUCUUUUCAAUACAUUCUCAAAGAAGACAUUUCCAUUCCCUUAGAGGUGGGAAAGCAAAACUGGCCUCCAGCACUUCUUAGAUUUUAUAUUUGACUAACUUCAGAGUGAAAUUGCAGCUGUUUCCUGAUGAUCUCUGAAGAGGGCUGCCUUUCCAGAGCAGCUGUGUAAUGUGCAUGAAUAUUUUCUAACAUUAUGAUUGAAUAAUGGAAUGUCAGCUUAUUUUCAAGAUAUGCCAAAACAUCCUUCAGUUUUUUCUUGUCCUAGGUGUUUAUCAAUUUCUACGUAUACUGUAUAUUAACCCUGAGACCAGCAGAUAGUACUGUAAUGUACGUGCUGUUUUCCAUAAGGUUUCCAGUCACUCAUCGAGAAAAGGUCCUUGUAGUUUAAUUUGGCUGUGUAUUUUUAAAAAUACUGUUUACAGUUUACUUUCUUAAUAGUUAUUUGUUUGCAAGUUCUGUGUAAUACAGUAAAAGUGUACAGUGUACACUUUGUUCCUUAGUUUUGCACUUACAGAAUUACUAAAACCUUGUAAACAGUUAAGUUUUUUUCUUAAAUCACUGUGACACGUUAAGCCUAUGGUAUAGAAUGGUUAAUAUUUUUUCUGUUUUUCACAUUUUCACUAUAACGGGUGAAAAUGUUACUGCUAUUAGUUUUGAUGCAUGACAGAAUCAUGAUUUUGAUUCUUCAAUUGUAAUUCUUUGAAGUUUUAAUCAACAGUAGUAACUUUAUUCUGUCAUGAUAGUUCUUAAAUGAAAUAAUUGUCUUUAAUCAUAUUGGGCAUAAAAAUAAUAGGACUAUAUCUUAACAUAAGAACAAAACUCCCAUGGCAUGAUAAGGCAGGAUGGUAAAUAUAGGUUAUCAGUUUUUUUAAAUUGGAUCAAGUUCUCAAAUGCACUACAUAUGAAGCUUCACUGAACAGUUUUUUUAUUAAUAGAAUACUAUUAUUUAUAUCAAUAGUUAUACUUUAUUAUAAUAGAAUAAUAAACCAUUCCAUCUUCUCUUUCAUGUGGGUAACAACAAUAGAAGUGAUUUUUUAUAUCUACAUUGCAAACUCAGAUUCACAACAGUCGUUUUGGAAUUUGGGGUUUCUGAGCUUUGAAAUGAUUUGCUUCUCAAUUGUACUGUAGAAUUUUUUUUUUUCUGUUGUAGUGUGGGCAUGAAAGGGCUGGCUUGGUUAAAACCCAGAAAACACGCUGCCUUGUGCUAAUUUGUUGUUUAAUCACUUAAGUUAUUCAACAUUUCAGAAGGAAGGACAGCCCCCCAAAAUAACUGGUGAAUCUACAGGACAGUGUUAGGAGACCCCUGACUUUAAAGCUUGUCUGAGUGAGCUAAAACGUUGCUUUUGCAGAGUAUUACCACUGAACAUUGAAACGCACAAUAUCCAAUAUUUUUAAAUAAGUUUCUCUUUUUCAGCCCAGGUCUGCCUAUUCCUUAUUCUGUCCUGAGUACUGUAAGGAAUUGUAGUUUCAGGUGAACUGGACUGGUUCUGUGUCUCUUGAUCUAUGACUCUUGAGUAUGUUUUGCAAUCUGUGACAGCAGUCUUUUUUUAAACCUGUUUAUUUUUAAAUUAAGGAUCCAAUCCUUAAUGAGAAGCAAACUGAGAUCAUGUUAAGAGUAACCGUGCUGAUCAUCGCUGUUUAAAGUCAAAGCUUUUAUCCAAGUUACAGAAUCUGAGUGAACAUCAAAUAUAAUACUGAAACAAAGUGACAAUGAUUUCCUUUUAAUGUUGUAUAUAAAAGGCACUUUCUAAGUGUUGACUCAUCACUGAAUGCAUGCCAUGUAUAUUGAAUUUUGCUUAGUAUAUGUAAAUAACAUAAACUGCUCAGAAUAAAUUUUUUAAAGCCCUACA